AUGUCCUUAUCCACAACGGUAAAGGUUCGAGCAAAGCCAGCGGGGUCCUCGCCUAUGAGCGCGCCCACUAGCUUCAUGACUGGGCCAUUUGCUGGUUGGACAGUGCGCGUGGAAUUGAAAGAACUACAAAAGGCGGAUAUGGGUCGCAAGUAUGGACAGAAAGAUCGCAGGCCUCUCGACCCGCCCCCUGUUCUCCAACUACGGUUCUACCGCGUGUUCAACAAUGGGACCGCACAUCAGUGGGAGCAUGAAAUCGAUGCCUACACGCCAUCGUCGAGCACGCGUACCGUGGCAAUGUUCUCAGGCUCUGAUGACUCCUCCGUCUCGCACGCGAAAGCCCAGGUAGCGGUUUCCGAUGACGAUCAGAACGUUGAAGGGGCGUCAACUUACACGACAUUGCUUGUGGGGACGCGGGCUGUGUCAGCAUCAUGCGUUUACCAUGAAGGCAAGAAAAUAUUAGCGUUCGUCUUUUCGGAUCUAGCCGUUAGAGCGGAGGGUUCAUUCUUCUUGCGCUACAGGGUCUUCGACAUCAUGUCAGCGGUCACUGGUGGCACGCAACACCCCGCGCUCGCAGAGACUUUCGGUGGUACAUUCCAGGUAUACUCCACCAAAAACUUCCCCGGGCUGCAAGCCUCCACGGAUCUCACAAAGCCCGCUGUGUACGGUGGCUUGGAUGGGGUACAUCUCCGCGCUCUCGGCUUCCUGAUCAAUACGCACGAUGGGGUCGGCACUGAUUCAAAUCCACGAUUAAGGCAGCCAUCUGUUGUGCUGAAGCUUGCACGCUUCAGUGACAUGGUCCCUGCAUUUGGCUCAGUAUGGAUUGCCAGUAUGUGCAGUAAAUCUGUCACAGCAUUCAAAUAUUCGGAGGCACUGCGAGAACUUCUGAUUAGACCGGGUGAAGAAGGCAGGCCUCUCGGAAUCCAUCACUGGGCUCUACCAGGCAGGCGGAAGAUGUCUGCGAAUCAGGCACGUGUAGUACCUUAUGCAAUCGCGCAAUUGACUCGCGGCGAGACUCAAUACAUCACAUUGCGAGAUACCGGGGCGUGUGCGCUCCCCUUUGAGAAGGCGGGGAACUUGAUGUAUCAUUCUCAUCAGGCCCGCUCGUAUAACAUCGUCCGGAUGCAGUUCACAUCCACUGUGCCGGUAUCCGAGCGGCGCGUACCCUAG